CGCGUCCUGUUUCUAUGGAAACACUUAACUCUAGGAAACGUGGCGCUGAUUCCGGAAAUGUUUGACAGGAACAGCAGAGACAGAAAUAAAGCGCCUUUUGUUUUAUUAUUAAAACAUUAGUGUUCUUAGAUCUCGUCUCGGACUGAAGGGGGACAGCAGGUGUUUCUGCACCACGUGACCUCUUGAACUAUCCAUCUAAAAACACAGAGAGAACUCCAGUGCAUCCAUGCCUCCUGAGAUGGUGGCCUCUCUGCUGCCCCCCCAGAGUCCAGGUCAACCUCGAGGCCAGCUGCCAAAGCUCAGAGACACCAGGAAGAAGGAUGGAAAACGGCUCAGCAGCAGCGGCUGCAGGAGGAAGAAAAAACAACGCAAGGAUUCAUCCGGCCUGCUGAAAAACAAAUCCAGUUUAAGUGGAGAGGCAGAGCUCUCCGCUAAAGCCGCCAAGGCUCGGGAGAGCUUGAGGUGGGAGGGAGCGCUGGAAGAUCCUCAGGCUGAGGAGAAGAGGCUGGAGCUGUACAGAGCCAACAGGCGGCAGCGUUACGUUGCACACAGACAAGACAGCGAGGUUACCUCCACACAGAGGAAGGACAAAAAGGCUUCAGGUGAUUCUGAACAACAGGUGGUUGCAUCAUUACUCCACUUGAGACUGAAAUAAAGAAGCAAAGAGUCGUGUUCUGUUCA